AAUGCCAUCAUAUUCCUGCACCCAGACACCAGCCUUCCUCUAUACACCAGGUCGAUAACAGACUCGUCCACGAUACAGUUUUGCCGUUGUUUGCUUCCUUCGUCGGGAGAGUCGACCUUUAAUUCCUGUGCGCCUCGUGCAUAAGCUAGCGCGGCUUUCCCGAAUAAGAAGGAGCAUGGCGGCACUCGCGGGAGCAGCUGCCGUUGCGGCUCCGCUGCAGGUCCCCGGAGUCAAGCAAUUAGCGACAGGGUCUAGCAGCAGCAGCAGCGGUUCGGUUCGUUCCGCGGUUCCUAGGAAGCUCGGGUCCGAUAUUCUGGGAAAGCAGAUUACCGCUACGCCACGCGGAAUGCAAGCAGCUUCGCAGAAUGUUCGCCCGCGGUCGGUGGAGGUCCGGGCGGUGGCGACGGAAGCACCGACGAAGAUGUCGCGAGUGGUGCAGUGGGAACAGGGGAAGAGACUGCAGACUCAGACGACAACCAUUGCUGCGGAUACGACCACCAUUCGCUCGCUCGACUGGGAUCGCGACCGCUUCGAUAUCGAGUUCGGUCUGCUCAAGGGCACCACCUACAACUCGUACCUAAUCCGCGGCGCCGACAAGGUCGCUUUAAUCGACGCGUCGCACGAGAAGUUCCGCGAGCUCUACCUCUCCGCCCUAAAAUCAGAGAUCGACUUUAAAGACAUCGACUACAUAGUCGCGAACCACACGGAGCCGGACCACAGCGGGCUAAUUAGAGACCUAAUUGAGCUCGCGCCUAACGUCACGGUCGUCGGGUCUAAGGUCUGCAUCCAGUUUCUGCAGAACCUAGUCUUAAAGCCGUUUAAGAGCCUCGUGGCGCAGCCGGGGAAGCCGCUGGAUCUGGGCGGCGGGCACGAGCUGGAGUUUAUCAUGGCGCCGAACCUGCACUGGCCGGAUACCAUGUUUACCUUCGAUAAGGGCACGGGCGUUAUGUUCACUUGCGACGCGUUCGGCAGCCACUACUGCUCCGAGGCGGUGUACGACGAGGAUCUGAGCGAGCUGGAGCCGCACUACCGCUUCUACUACGACUGCCUCAUGAAGCCCAACUCGCGCUCCGUGCUCACCGCCCUGCGCAAGGUUGCCAGUGCGGGGUGGGAGUUUUCAGAGAUCGCAGUGGGGCACGGCCCUCUGCUGCGCUACAACGUGCCUGAGCUCACGCUCAAGUACGAGCAGUGGAGCAAGGCCGCCAUCGAGAAGCAGAAGUCAUCCAUUGCAGUUCUGUACGUGAGUGACUAUGGAUACAGCGACCGUCUCUCCCAGUGCAUUGCCCGCGGCAUCACCAAGGCGGGGGCAGGCGUGGAGAUGAUGGACCUCAAGGCGGCGGACACCCAGGAGCUGGUGGAGUGCAUUGGGCGCAACGCCGCUGUGGUGCUCAUGAUGCCGCCCACCCAGGGCCCCGCCGCUGCCGCUGUCGCCCCGCUGCUCGCUGGAAUAAAGGCCAAGCAGUCCGUGCUGCUCUGUGAGUCCUACGGGGGGGACGACGAGCCUGUGGACACGCUGCUUCGCAAGUUCUCAGACCUCGGGGUGAAGAUGCCCAUUGAGCCGCUGCGCAUCAAGGAGGCGCCCACGGAGGCCACCUACCAGCUGUUUGAGGAAGCCGGCACGGACAUGGGGCAAAAUCUCACGCAGAAGGCAGUCCGCGAGGAGACGAGGCGCAGCAUGCCCCUGGCAGUGGCCAAGGCCAUCGCGCGCGUGUCUGGCGGGCUGUAUGUGGUGACCGCCACCAAGGGGUCGUCCAAGGGAGCUAUGAUCGCUUCUUGGGUGUCUCAGGCCAGCUUCAAGCCCCUGGGCAUCACCAUUGCUGUUGCCAAGGACAGAGCCAUUGAGUCGCUCAUGCAGGUGGGCGAUUCCUUUGUGCUCAACUGUCUGGAGGAGGGGAACUUCGCGCCUCUCAUGAAGCACUUCCUCAAGCGCUUCCCCCCUGGCGCUGAUCGUUUUGAGGGCAUUGAUUGGUCGCCAGGGGCCAAUGGCUCGCCUGUGCUGGCAGGGGCCCUGGCCUUCCUGGAGUGCACCGUGGUCAGCCGCAUGGAGACCAACGACCACUGGAUCACCUAUGCUGAGGUCACUGCAGGGAGGGUGGCCAAGCCUGAGGGCCGUACUGCCUCCCACCACCGCAAGCUGGGAGAUUAUUAUUGAAGAGGCUGAGGAGGAGGUGGCAGGCUGUGUUGUCCAGUUGGAUUUGUAAGCAUGUGCUGUGCAGGACUGUGGUUGAGAUGUGUUAGGACACGUGGACAUCACUGUUUAGUUCCAUUGUGGCGUUGGCUGGCUUGAGUUGUUCAAUGUUUCUGCUGCUACAGGUAAAUUACAGAGAUGCUCCAUAUACAUCUAAAUAUUACAGAUAUUUCCACCAUACUUUG